AUGCCAUUGUCUAAUCCAUCUCUUUCUAGUAUAAAAAAGCCACGAAAUGUAAAUGAAGCUACUACUCAGUCUCUUAAAAACACAAAGAAAGUAUCUAUAACCCAAAAUAAUAUCAACUCUAUUGACGUUGAUAAUAUUGAUGACAAUAUUCAAAACUCUUCUCAUGAAAUUAAUGAAAGUCCGCCUCGACUUCCACUCAUAUCGAAUAAAGAAAGUAAAACAAUUAAAUUGAUACUAGAAACGGCCAAACAAGUAUUGACGCAAAAUGAUUCGAUUAUGGAAAAGCAAGAAUCUUUGGAAACUUUGAUUACUCAGUUAGUUAAUGACGUCAAAACUUUACAAUCUUCACAUGAAGAUUUCAAGUCAAAUAUGAAAGAUCACGAACUUGAAGCCCUUUGCCCUGAUAAAAUGAGCCGGUAUAAGAAAGAUUCAAAAUGGGAUGCAUUAUUUACUAAAAUAGAAAAUUCAAUUAGCACUGAAUCCUGCAAAUACCACGGGGCACUAUUUGGAUCUUUUCGAUGUGCUAUAUUUGAUCACGUUUUUAAAAAGGAAGUCUCUCCAACUGUUAAUUCGGAAAGUUCAGAAUCUGAAAUAAUUUCUUGGAAGGCGAGUGAAGAGGUUCAAUGGUGCUUCAAAAAUUUGGAUAGUAUGAUUGAAGAAGAUGACAAGACAUAUCUUCAGAUGGUUGCCAAGAAAGUAUUUGGUCGGCUACCAACAAAAAAUCAAUAUGCAGUAACACGAGCCAUGUUACAUAACUUGUUUGAUCCCAAAAUCGUUAAGAUUAAAUUCGAUGAAAGGUAUCUUACACGAAAAUUGCAUUCUUUUUUGCAAAAUCAGAAUGCAGAGAAUCAAGAGAAUAGCGAAUCAAGUUCAUCCGAUAACGAAUGA